GUGUGUUCCAGGUGGGAGACAGAGACGACUCCAACCUCUACAUCAGCUCCAAACUGAAAGCUGCAGCCGAAAUCGGAAUCGAAGCCAAACACAUCCGGCUGCCGAGCUCAGCGACUCAGGAAGAGGUUCUGCAGAGCAUCAUGGCGGUCAACCAGAACCCGGCGGUCCACGGCCUGAUCGUCCAGCUGCCUCUAGACUCCGCCCACAAGAUGGACACCGAGCUCAUCACCAACACCGUCUCCCCCGACAAGGACGUGGACGGGCUGAGCUGCAUCAACGCAGGAAAGUUGUCUCGAGGCGAUCUGAGCGACUGCUUCAUCCCCUGCACCCCCAACGGCUGCAUGGAGCUCAUCCGGCAGACAGGUGUGUCAGUGGCAGGUAAACACGCCGUCGUCAUCGGUCGCAGUAAGAUCGUCGGCGCUCCGAUGCACGACCUGCUGCUGUGGCGCCACGCCACCGUGACCACCUGCCACUCCAAGACCCAAGACCUACCUGAGCAGGUGGGCCGGGCCGACAUCCUGGUGGUGGGAGCGGGCCGAGCAGAGAUGGUGAGGGGGGAGUGGCUGAAGGUCGGCGCCGUGGUGAUCGACUGUGGGAUCAAUCACCUUCCAGAUGAGACCAAAGCCAGCGGGAAACGGGUGGUUGGUGACGUUCACUACGCCUCGGCCAAUCAGAGAGCAGGAUUCAUAACGCCGGUUCCUGGAGGGGUGGGGCCGAUGACGGUGGCCAUGCUGAUGGAGAACACGGUCCAAAGCGCUCAGCGGUUCCUCCUCAGGUCUCAGUCGCUCAGGUGAAAAUCUGACAGCUCAGGAUGAAGUGAAGCUCCAGCUGCUGAUCUGCAGCUUGGAUCCAUUUUUUAUAUUUUUGUUUCAUCUUGAAACUUUUCAACCUGCAGAUAAAAUAUGUUUAACCAUAAAUUAUGAUAAAAAUGUUUACAGUCAAUAAAACAACUAAACCUCA